AACAACAACUGUGCGGGUGUACUCGAGUAAGCUCAGGUCAAUCCAACAAUGCCGCCACGAUCAAGAGCCCGCCAACAGCCUGUCCGGGAGCCGUCGCCGGUUGCCUCGGAAAACGAGUCUAUUGAGGAGACUAUUUCGCAGGAGGAAGGGGACGACGGCGACGACGACGACGACGACGACGAUGAUUUGAACGACGACGAGGAACCAACGGUUGAGAGCGCAAGUGCGACACUACCUACCUACCUACCCACCUACCCACCUACCUACCAUCAAGUUGGAGAAAACCUUGCACCACGGCUAACCACGCAUCAUGAGAACAGUGCCGGAAUCGUCAACAGAAGGUCUAAAAGAGAUCGGCAAUCUUGCUAGCUGGACUGUCUCUACCGCGAAGCCUGGUAAUGGAGUCGAGCAGCUACGGGAUGAGGAUACUAAUUUGUUCUGGCAGUUUGUUUCCCCUUGCACUUCACCUUUUUCUCGUACAUUUUUAUCUAACUUUAUCUUUUUUUCUUUUUCUUUUGCAAUAGAUCGGAUGGGCCGCAACCGCACACUAUAAACAUCCACUUUGCGAAACGGGUCUUCGUCAAGAAGAUCAGUAUGUACCUCGACUUUGAAAACGACGAGUCCUACACUCCUACCCGCAUGUCCGUGUUUUCGGGAACGGGGUACCACGAUUUGCAGGAAGUUACGACCAUGAAUUUCGAGCAGCCGAGCGGGUGGAUUGAUGUCCCCCUUGAUGGGGUGCAUGAGGAGUAUGUGUCUGAUUUUAAUGGGCUUUUACAGUGUGUGCUGACAAUUUACAAAGUGGCCAGUUGAGGACAUUCCUCAUACAGGUAUGCAUUCAUGCGAAUCAUCAGAAUGGUAAAGAUACCCAUGUUCGUGGGUUGCGGAUUUACUCCGCUGAGCCGUAUGUGUAUCCCCGAGGAAUUAGGGUAGCACAUAAAGCUAAUUGUGUAUAGACGGAGCUUCAACUCUGAUGAAGUGCCUUUCACCUCUAGGCAAAUGUUGACGGAACUAGAGUUGAGGUAGUUUGUAUGAACAAUGUUUACUAUAAAUAUCUUUACAUCAAGGGUUGGCUUGUUUUUUUUUUCGGGUGCGCGGGAUACCAUGGUUAUUACGGAAACUCUUUUUUUUGUAAAAAAAAACGGGAACGGGAACAAAAUAAAACACAUUUUCUUCACGGGAAGCAAUAGAGCAUUGAGUGGUGGAAUCUCGAAUCUAGACUAUUAUAAACAUGGGGAUGGCCCGGUUUUAGGGGGCCGUAAUCGGUAAUAUCGGGAUUUAGUUCCAGCCCGUGCACCUCGGCCUCCUAUCCGCCAAGGAGGGAGUUUAAGGCUCCUGCGAUCUUGUCACCGAGCUCGGAGGUUGUGGACGUUCCGCCGAUAUCACCGGUCCCGAAACCGUCAUUAAGAACUGUGCGGACGGCUUCUUCAACGGCCAGAGCCUCGCUACGCAUAUUCAAAGAAUAACGCAGCAUCAUUGCGCAGGAAAGGAUAGCAGCCACAGGGUUAACAAUUCCUAUACCGCUGUCAGCAAUCAAUCAUUGCGUCCUCUGGCACCAGAGAACCCACCCUUUCCAGCAAUGUCUGGAGCGGACCCGUGAAUAGGCUCGUAAAUCCCGUUCACCUUCGUCUUCCCAUCCGGAACACCGGAUAAACUAGCGCUUGGCAAAAGCCCCAAGCUGCCGGGGAUCACACUCGCCUCGUCGCUUAUGAUAUCUCCAAAAAGAUUGCUCGUGACAAUGACCCCGUUCAGGGCACGGGGGUCCUUAACCAUCAGCAUGGCCGCCGAAUCGAUCAGCUGGUGUUGAUACUUAAUCUGCGGGUACUCCCCGCCAAGGAUCUCAUCGACGGUCUUUCUCCAGAGCCUGCUGGUGGCUAGAACGUUUGCUUUGUCCAACGAGGUGAUUGGCAACGGAGGAUCGACCUGUAGAGCCAGAUGUGCCGCCAAACGGACGAUACGUUCAAUCUCGGGGCGAGAGUAGGGCUCGGUGUCGUAAGCUAUCCCAUCGCCCUCAUCCUCCUUCCUGUCACCAAAGUAGAUACCCCCAGUGAGCUCGCGGAUGAUGUUGAAGUCGACGCCGCGGCAGACUUCUUCCUUCAAUGGGGAGAGCUUGACGAGGACCUCUGCGGCGAAGUUGCAUGGUCGGAGGUUUCCGAAUGCUUGCAUUUCCUUGCGGAGCUUGAGGAGACCUUGCUCUGGGCGCACUUUACCGGUUCCCCAUUUCUGAGUUCUGUCAGCGGAUUCAACCCCGAGUAUUAGGAGAGUGGUAAAAAAAAAAAAAAGUGAACGUACAGGUCCACCGACUGCUCCCAGAAGAACUGCGUCAGCAGCUUUAGCAGCCUCGAGGGCUUUGUCUGUGAGGGGCUCUCCGGUUGCAUCGAUUGAGGCCUGGUCUGCCCUUUAGCCAUGCUCAAUCAAUCGAUCAUUAGGAUUGUACUGUAGAGGAGUGCUGGGAAAACUUACACCACCAAGAAGGUGGUUUUGAAAAUCAAACUUGGCCUUAGAAUGUUGCUCGACCACUUUGAGGACCUACCGGUACACAUGAUACCACAAUAAGCCUCGUAUCCCACAUCCCAUCCCAUCCCAUCCCCAGAAGUCAAACCUUAAUAGCCUCCUUGGUAACCUCCGGACCACAAUGGUCACCUACGCGGAGUUCAAUUAGCCAGAUCCCCCAACUUCUGAAAUCC